AUGCCAGACGCUUUCGCAAAGGACGAGGCCAUGGCCAUGGUCGGGGAGCAACCGCACGCCAUCGACCCCGUGGUAGCGGCACGGGCAGUCCGGAAGAUUGACCGGUUCCUGAUCCCUGCCAUGAUUUUCGGCUACGGCAUCGUGUACUAUGACAAGGCCAUCCUCGGCUCGGCCGUCCUGUUCGGCAUGACGACGGACCUGGAGCUCACCCUCACGGACCGCUCCACGACGCCGGCCACCACCGACACGUCGCGCCUCUCGUGGGCCACCUCGCUCUUCUACUUUGGCAUGCUCGCCGGCCUGUACCCCAUGUCCUUCGCCCUGCAGCGCUUCGACAUGGGCCGCAUCCUGGGCGCCGUCGUCUGCCUCUGGGCCGGCGUGUGCAUGCUCACCGCCGCCGUCACAUCGUACCAGGGCCUCUACGCCCAACGGUUCUUUCUCGGCUUCGUCGAGAGUAUCGUCCCCACGGGCUUCAUGUGCAUCGUCUCCGGGUACUACACCCAGCAGGAGCAGUCGCUGCGCCAGAGUUGGUGGUUCAGCAGCACCGGCCUGUUCACCAUCCUCGGUGGCGCGCUCAACUACGGGUUUGCCCAGGUCUCCGGUGGCGGCCUGCGCAGCUGGCAGUACAUUUACCUGCUGGCCGGCGUGCUGACGCUGCUGUUUGGUCUGGCCUGCUUUGCCCUGCCCAACUCGCCCGUUUCGGCCUGGUUCCUGACCCCCGACGAGCGGUUUGCCGCAGUCGAGAGGCUGCGCGCCAGCCAGACGGGCGUGCGCUGCACAAAGAUCAAGAUGGCGCAGGUCAGGGAGUCGUUGCUCGAUGUCAAGACAUACCUCAUCUUUGUCAUGAUGGCGUCCGCGUACACCAUGAACGGCGCCGUCAGCGGGUUUGGCCCGCUGAUUGUCUCGACGUUUGGGUGGAGCACGCUGCAUUCGAUCCUGUUCCAGUUCCCGCUCGGCGGGCUCUGCUUCCUCGUCAUUCUCCUGACGGGAUACCUCGGCUCCAGAUUCCCCAACAUCCGCAUCAUCAUGCUCAUUCUGACGUGCAUGCCCGUGAUCGCGGGCUGCGCCAUCAUCUGGAAGAGCGCCUGGACGUAUCACGCCGCGGCGCCGCUGGUGGGUUACUCCAUCACGGGUUUCUUUGGUGGGACCGUGAGUCUCAUCAUCACCGUCGGCAUGUCCAACGUUGCUGGGCAUACUAAGAAGAGCUUCAUGGCGGCCACCAUUUUUGUCGCUUACUGCGUCGGCAACAUUGUAGGCCCGCAGCUCGUUCGCUCGCAGACACGUGAGCAGCACUACCCUGAGCUAUGGCUGGGGUUAAUCAUAUGCUACGUGAUCUGCAUUGCCGCGUCGGUGGCCCUAUACGCGAUCUUGGUCAUGGCGAACAGGAAGAAGGAGGCCGUGCCGGGAGACGAGGCCGAGCGGGCGAAGCUGGCCUUCCACGACUUGACGGAUAUGGAGAAUCCGUAUUUUAGAUACAUCCUUUGA